AUGUCAGCAGCCGAAGGGCUGGCCUUUCCACCGAGCUGGAGGAGCAAGUAAGCUGCGAUGUGCUUCAUUUUUGAAUGGGUUUGGUGCAAAAGGGGCUGUUUUGGUGGUGUGGUUUUUGUUGCUUAGGAACCCGCAAAUCCGCUUGGUGGAGCUUUGAUCCAAAAGAGGAAGACUUGUGGUUGAUAAGCCAAGAAGGAAUUUCUAGCUCGGAUUCGAAUGUGGUGUAAGGUACUUGUGAGCGAAGUAGUCCGCUCAGCAAAUUGGGCUAUUUGUGAUACUCACGCCCUCGCCGUGCCCUCAGCUUCGGCGCUCGCACUCCAGCCGCGCGCGAAGCUUCUGUCGCGCAUGACGGGCUCCCCGACCCGCCGCAGCGCGCCACGGCAACGCGGUGCGGCAGGCGCGGACCUGAUUGCUUGGGCGGAGCGGCAGGACCACGUGGCUUCGUUGGUAGCGCGUGCAUAUGCAUCUGUCGUCCGGUUUGGAAAUGAGGCCCACAGACAACUCACGCCUUGUCACUGCCUGCUGACAACGCACGCUCUCGCUUCCUAACCGCAUCACAUCCACUCGUCAUACACAAACCAUCUUCGGCAACUCCUCAAGACUGCCCAACAUGUGAGCAUUGUUCCGCGGCAAUUGCGCUCUCCAUUGCUUGGUUCGCCACGCUUUCCUUGCCCAAGAAGAGCAGGCUUCUCGCGGAGCGAUUGAGGAGUAGAGUCGACGGCGGCAAUUAAAGUGGUGCUGUUUGUUGGAGUAGAGGUGUUUGUCAUGGGCAUUACCGGGUUGGCAGCAGGGAUUGUCAUCGAAAGCAGCGAAAGGCUGGGAUGCCCCAUCUCGUAGGAGGACUUGGUUGGUGGUUUGUCGUAGGCGCGGAUCGCGGGUCCAGUGCGAUCUGCGAUUGUGAGCUCAUGAGCGAAAGCAUCCGCUCCACUGCGAGAGGAGUAUGGAAUUCGUUUGGUGCAAUGACGCAUCCGAUGCUUGCGAGGAGGAUGGACGUUGGGCGAUACCAUAUUCUGCUCUCGUCUACCUUGCGCAUGAUCGAAGGUUUCUCAUGCUGACCGCUCUUUAUGCUUCCUGCGCUCUGCGCUUGCGCCCAAAUACAGGGAUUCUUACGACGCCGAGAAGGCCGCAGAGCUGAAGAAGCGCAGAGCUUUCCGCAAGUUCUCUUUCAGAGGAGUUGAGCUGGACGCUCUCCUCGAUCUCCCAAACGAGGAAUUCGUCAGCCUUUUGCACUCCCGUGCCCGUCGUCGCAUUGGCAGAGGUCUUAAGCGCAAGCCCAUGAACCUCAUCAAGAAGCUGCGCAAGGCCAAGAAGGAGGCUCCCCCCAACGAGAAGCCUACCAUGGUCAAGACCCACUUGCGCGACAUGAUCAUCGUCCCCGAGAUGGUCGGUUCCGUCAUCGGUGUCUACAACGGUAAGGUGAGUGCGCGGCCCUCGCUCGCGGAUGGGGCGUACGCCUGGGCGCGAAAAGAACACAGGACUUGCAACUGCUCGUUGAGCUCGUCUUAUCGCCAAUGAUGUUGGAGCGCCGGGUAGACAGAGUCAUGGAAUGGGCCAAACCUUGCUGAUCAUCGAUCUUGACAUGCGCGCCGCCUCUGCACCACAGAUCUUCAUGCCCAACGAGAUCAAGCCCGAGCAGAUCGGACACUACACUGGCGAGUUUUCCUGCACAUACACUCCCGUCAACCACGGAAAGCCAGGACCUGGUGCUGUUCUCCGAUUCGUUCCCACCAAGUAG